UUCUAUUUUUCAUUUCUUAACAUGUUCAAUUCACGCUUAGCACAACGGUUGAACCUACGAUAUCCCAUUAUCCAAGCACCUUGUGCUCCUUACUCCAUUGAAGCCGUAGUCGCUGAAGUGUCUAAUGCAGGUGGCCUUGGUAGUUUGUCCGCCGCGCUAUUUUCACCGGCCAAGAUUCGCGAUUCCAUUCGCGAAAUCAAGCGUCUGACCAACAACCCGUUUGCUGUCAAUCUGUUUGCCCCCCCUGCCAUUUCCCCUGUCCCCGAUGACUUUACAAAUAAGAAACGCUAUAUAAGCGAUAAGGUUCUCGAUACUUUCCGAGGCGAACUUGGCAUUGAAACGCCUGAUCGUUAUACGCCACGUUCAUACCCAUUUGAGGACCAGUUGAGCGUGCUAUUGGAAGAAGGUUGCCCAGUGUUUUCAUUUACCUUUGGAGAAAUGCCUGAUGGCGUAAUCGCCAAGUUGAAAGGGGCUGGCACUUUCGUCAUUGGAACAGCCACAACUGUGCAUGAAGCAUCAGUUUUGGUAAAUAGGCCAAAUCAACAAGAUGCUGUCGAUGCCAUUAUUGCUCAAGGAUACGAGGCUGGUGGCCAUCGAGGUAAGUUUGAUAGUACAAAAAUAGAAUCUCAGCUUGGUACCAUGUCGCUGUUACCUCAAGUCGUGGACGCUGUUGGACACAAAGUGCCCGUCAUUGCUGCUGGUGGUAUUUCAGAUCCAAGAUCUGUGCUGGCCAGUUUUAUGCUUGGAGCCGAUGCUGCCGCAUUGGGCACGUUGUUUAUGCUUUCCAAAAGCACCAUCUUACCAAGCUACCACAGGGAAGCGUUGAUGAACUCUCAACCAGAGGCUACUCAAUUGACACGUGCUUUCACUGGUCGAUAUGCUAGAGGCAUUACAAACCGCUUUAUUGAAAAAAUACAUGAAGCAUGCACGGGUGAAGAUGAUAUACCGAGUUAUGACAUUCACUCAGCCCGUACCAUGGACAUUUCUGCAAAGGCCAAGGAGGAUGGAAAGGGUGGUGAUUAUGCCUCUAUGUGGUCCGGUCAAAGCUUCGCCGUGGCUAAAGCCUUCACUGAAAAUGGCACACUCACAGCGACCGAAACACUCGAAAAGCUUGUAUCAGGCGUCGAAGAACUUAAGAAGAAGUUUGUCAGCACUGCGUGAAUGCUGAGUGAUAUGGGACGCCGGCUGUAUUUCAUCUCAACACAAUUUCUCUUACUUUUUUACCGCAUUAUCGUAUCCUCUGUAGCUUAGUCUAGCACAAAAUUCCUU